AUGAAAGACCAGACACCAAAUGAGAAGCCAGACGUAUCGCUAGGUCAAGAUGGAGACACUGCCCAUCCCCAGCCUACGUCAGACACUCUGGAUCCAUUGAAUUGGUCACGGCUUCAAAAACACACCAUUCUCGGAAUUGUGAUGCUCAAAUAUUUCCUUUUCACGUACAUCACCACCACCACUGUUCCCUCAUUUCCUGGUAUCCAGUCUGAGUUUGCCAUCAAUUAUGCCCAGGUGAAUUGGACCGUCGCCAUUCCAGCGUUGGGCCUCUCAGUCGGGCCGCUUUUCUGGUCUUCUCUCAGCGAAAUAUACGGUCGUCGGAUUGUUUUCAUUGUUGGCACUACUCUUGCAUUAGUCUCGACUAUUGGAGCAGCAGUGGCUAACCGGUAUGAUGGGUAUAUGGCUGCUCGGUUCUUCCAGGGAUUUGGUGUGAGUCCGGCAUCGACGGUUGGUAUGGCAGUGGUCAACGAUCUGUUCUUUAAUUAUGAACGCGGACAAAAGCUUGGGUUAUGGGUACUUGCCAUUGAUUCGGGGCUUCUUCUCGGUCCAACUUUUGGUGGCUUCUUCAACCUUCUCGGCGUUGCAUGGAUUAACUGGUUCAACGCCAUUUUUUUCGCCAUCCUCCUUGUCCUUGAGCUCUUCUUCAUGCCCGAGACCUUAUAUCCGCGUAAUCGAAUGUUGCAGCCGGCAUCGGAGUCGUCAACAGAGACAGGAAUAACGACAGCAACAGAUCCCGAAAAAGCAUUUCACCAAACUGUCUCAUCCAAAGCCGGCAUCCCCAGGACCAAGAGCCUGUCCUUCCUUAACUUCCGUCCCAUACCAGGAAUGCGCCAUCCCAAACCCUGGGACUCGGUUAUCCGAUUCUUCCUCACGUUCCGAUUCCCCGUCGUCGUCAUCGCAAUUCUUGGAUACUCAUUCCUCUGGUACUGGUGGGUGUUGUCCGUUAUCACGAUGGUACCUGCCGCGUACGCAUCGUAUACCCCGUUGAUCCAGGGAUUGCUGUUCCUGGGGUUGUUCAUCGGAACGCUGGUAUCUGAGGUCUGCUGCUCGGGGAGGUUAAGCGACUGGCUUGUUGACCGGUUAGCGAGGAAGAAUGGGAACGUUCGCGUGGCUGAAAUGAGGCUUUGGCUCGCGUAUCCUGCUAUUUUAGUCACAGCUGUCGGAUUGAUUCUUUGGGGCAUCAGCGUCGACAAGAAUUACCACUGGAUGGUUGGUCAAGUGGCUUUCUUUCUCUUCGCCGCGGGAAUCCAAGUCGGAAAUACCGUGACGAGCAGCUACAUCGUCGAUAGCUAUCCCCUUCAGUCCACCAGCGUCAUCACCUUCUAUGCUGUGUUCCUCAACCUCAGUGCAUUUAUCAACCCUUUCUUUAUUUCCUCCUGGCAAGCCUCGUCCGGCUGGACCUGGACCUUUACCGCACAGGCACUCAUCGUCGCCGGAGGAGGGACACUAGUCUUUGCCCUGUUGCAGAAAUUCGGCGCGUUGAUGCGGGCAUCAGCGCCAUUGCCAUCGUGGGUGAAUCCAGACUUUGAUUCGAGUGUGUAA